AUGGAUCUGAACAUGGAAAUGAUCCCGACGUUCUUAAGCGGCACUCAACCGCCUGUGUCCUCUCUCGGUAGAAAUAGUCUGGCCACGUUAUUUGUCGUUCGACUCUUCGCUAUGAUUGUCACCGCAGAAACCAUUUGGAAAGACGACUUGCAAGAUCUGUUCUGUAAUUCUACCCAAGUGGGCUGUCGUCAAGAAUGUUACAGCGAGUUUUCUGUUCUAACGCCAUUUAUCUUCUUUGCGCUACAAACAAUAUUCGUUACCACACUGUUGAUCGCGGUAAGCUGCAGCCAGAACCUGAAGCAGUACCAUAACUCUGGUCAAGUGGACAGCAAUUGUUUGAGUAUGCUUUCCAGAGUACUUACUGAAGGAAUGUUCCUCGUCCUAUGGCAUGCGAUCUACCCUGGUUUAUCAAGGAAAUCUGCCUUUAAAUGUGAUAUAUUUCCCUGUGAGCCAACUGUGGUCUGCACUAUGCUUGGAAAUAGACAGAAAAAUGCCUUUUCAAUGUUUAUGUACAUGUGUUCUUUCGUUUGCAUAUUGAUAUGUAUGAUUGAAAUAUUCACAUUACCAAAAAAGCGCGCUAAAAGUAUCACCAAAAUACAGCUUUAA